AUGGACAAUUCCCCGCCAGCAGCGAAUCUUCGCUCCAAGAGCCGUCGCGCCCUCGCCGAACAGCAAAACGGCGCCACGCCGUCAUCGGCAGCGGCGUCCUCGACACGCAGGGCCGCCACGACACCGACCCGACGCAAUCCUCCUUAUCUCCCGACGCCCGUCGAAGCGGCUCUGCUCGCCCUGUUCCCCGCCCUCCUCCUCUUCGGCACGGCCUACUCCCUGCUCUCGCCGCAGGUCCGCCGCGCCGCCUACGACCCAACGACACAGUCGCACGCGCAGCACCCCUCCGAGGCGCCGGGCUACUUUGCGCGGAAGAACAAUGUCUUCAACGUCGUCUACGUCAAGAGGGGCUGGUUUUGGACGACCGUCGUGUUCGGGCUCUUCGUGGCGACACACCCCGCGCUCCAGAACGCCAAGAGGCGUAUGCAGGCUGGCGUGAGGUGGGCUGUCGCCACGGCACUGUGGUUCCUCGUCACGCAGUGGUGCUUUGGUCCAGCGAUUAUUGAUCGCAGUUUUCGGUGGACAGGCGGCCGUUGCGAGGUGGUCGAGGGCAAGGUACAAGAGGGGGAUGCGGAUGUCGGCGAGUUUGUGAGCGCUGUGGCUUGUAAGGCUGCCGGGGGUGCGUGGAGGGGCGGACACGAUAUCUCUGGACACGUCUUCCUCUUAGUCCUGGCCAGUGGGUUCUUGCUACAGGAGGUCGGCUGGGCGUAUCUGCGCCACCGGGGCGUCAGGGAGGAGAGGGCCAUCGUCAUGAGUGAUGGCGCCGUCAAAAGCGCCGGCGUUGAAUCCGAGGGUGGCGUCGAGAGGGCCGAUCUUCAGGAGGACAGUCUGGGACUCGGAGGCAAGGCCGCCCUUGUGGCUAUAGCUCUGAGCUCGUGGAUGCUGCUCAUGACGGCCAUUUACUUCCACACUUGGUUCGAGAAGUUUACUGGGCUCUUGACCGCUAUCUCCGCACUGUACACUCUAUAUGUACUUCCACGAUUUAUGCCGGCACUCCGCCAAGUUGUCGGAUUGCCUGGAGUGUGA